UGACAAUCAUCAGGUGCCCUAGAGCUACUAGACUCACAUCUCACCAUCUCUACUGUAUACAACAGCAUUCCCCUCUGUAGUGGGAGGCAAGGGUGUGAUUAUUUUUGAUUAUUUUUACAUCAGCCUGAAUAUAGGAUCUGAGUUUUGGUCUAUAGAACAAUUUAAAAAUAGCAUUUGAUUUUGUUGCUCUUAUUUGCACCUAUUUUUAUUUUUCCUGGUCCCAUGGACUUGCUGUCACAUCCACUGCGAGACAUGGAGAUUACAGACAGCUCUCUCUGCUCCUUCUCUGCAGCUGAUGACUUUUAUGAUGACCCAUGCUUUAAUACUUCUGACAUGCACUUUUUUGAAGAUUUAGACCCCAGGCUGGUACAUGUAAGUUUGAUGAAGCCUGAUGAACAUCACCAUCUUAAUGAAGAUGGGCAUGUCAGAGCACCCAGUGGGCAUCACCAGGCUGGCAGGUGCCUCUUAUGGGCAUGUAAAGCCUGCAAAAGGAAGACCACCAAUGCUGACCGCAGGAAGGCUGCCACUAUGCGAGAGAGGAGAAGGCUCAACAAAGUUAAUGAUGCAUUUGAGACCCUGAAGAGAUGCACUUCCACCAACCCAAACCAAAGGCUACCUAAAGUGGAGAUCCUGAAGAAUGCCAUUCGCUACAUUGAGAGUCUCCAAGCUCUGCUCAGAGAUCAAGAUGACAAUUACUACCCUGUACUGGAACACUAUAGUGGAGACUCAGAUGCCUCCAGCCCCAGAUCCAACUGCUCAGAUGGCAUGAUGGAUUACCCAGGACCUAAAUGCACUUCCAGGAGGAGAAACAGCUAUGACAGCAGUUAUUACAGUGAGACACCAAAUGAUACAAAACAUGGGAAAAACUCAGUCAUCUCUAGCUUAGACUGUCUGUCAAGCAUUGUAGAGAGGAUUUCCACUGAAACCCCAAACUGCCCUUCUCUUCCUGCAGUGGAAAGUGGAUCUGAAGGCAGUCCCUGUUCUCCCCUCCAGGGGGAGACAUUGAGUGACAGUAACAUUACUAUCCCUUCCCCAAUCACAUGCACUCAACUCCCCCAGGACAGCAGCAGAACCAUAUACCAAGUAUUAUAACUGCUUCCACAAAGCUGUUACAUUCUGAAUAACCAAAGACUUUAUAGACUGACAGUUUCCAAUGUUCAAACUUCAUUAAGAAUUCCCAAUACUCAACGUUUUAUUAAUAAUUACAAAAUAUUUACUUUUUUUUCCCAUUCUCAAUAAUAUGGGAAAAAUAACCUGAAUUAUAAUAUUCCCAUCUCAGUUAUGAUUUACCUCCCAUGGUAAACACAAAAUUACAAGGUUAUGAAAUAUCUGUUACUUUCUUUGGGUAAUACAAGAAAAUAUGUGGACCACUUUUGUAAGAUGUUUUUUAUAUGGUUGUAAAUAAGAGUUAACAAGCAAAGCAAGGAUGAACAGAUAUUUAAUAAUAUGGCUUGGUUUGUUGUGCUAAAUGAUAACUUUAUAUAUUUAUAUGGUGUGGAUGCUAAGGAUGGUUUCAAUAAUAUUCUAAAUAAAGAAACUUUAUUUAUAAAA